AUGGCACGAUUCACUAAGAGUCAACUUCUUAAAGCUUAUGCUCUGGACUGGAUUCUUUGCCUUGUUUUCCUUGUCACAUUCUAUGGCGUAGACAAAUUGGAACCAUAUCAUCGAUCCUUUUCUUUGGAAGACAAAACGAUCCAGUUUCCUUUUGCUGUAAAAGAAAGAGUACCAAUGUGGUUAUGCGGCCUUGUUGUGGUGGUGGCACCAUUUAUUAUCAUAACUUUUGUGGCUCUUGCAAUCAAGAAAAACAUGCACGAUUGGCAUCAUGCUUCUCUAGGGUUAUUAAUGGCCCUUACAUUGACGCUCAUGGUUACUGCGGUAUUUAAGAAUACAGUCGGUCGACCAAGGCCUGAUUUUAUCGAUAGAUGCCAACCAAUUGCAGGUGGAGCCGAUCCUCCUGUUUAUGGGUUAAGUAAUUCUACGAUAUGUACUAGGAGGGAAUUAUUGAAUGACGGAUUCAAAAGUUUCUUAUCCGGACAUGCCUCAACUUCGUUUGCUGGCAUGGGAUUCUUGUCAUUAUACCUUGCUGGAAAAUUACACGUAUUUGACCAAAAAGGUUACACAUAUAAAGGAUUCGUCGUAGUUUCACCUUUAGUCAUAGCGAUCCUUAUUGCUAUCUCACGUACCGAAGAUUAUCGUCAUCAUUGGCAUGACGUCUUUGCUGGUAGUCUAAUUGGAUUCCUUUUAUCAUACUUUGCAUAUCAUCAAUAUUAUCCAUCUUUACACUCGGCGAUAUCAGAUAAACCAUUUACAAUUCGAUUAAUAAAAUCGAAACCGGAAUAUAAAGCCAAAUUUACAUUUUCUGAUUCUUCGAAAUUUGAAAUUACGGUAACAAAGGGUGAUAAAACGUUGGUUGAUGAUACCAAAGAUUUAUUACCAGUCGAUAAUGAUAGUCUCGAGAGUGCCGAAACUGGUAAUACUUCGCAUCAACCAGCCGAUGAUUCAAUGGUUUAA